CGGUAUAAACGGGAAUUUGAUGAAGUAGGACUACUGUCAUCUGGAUCAUUUGGACAGGUAUUUCGAGCGACGAAUAAAAUGGAUGGGUUCAACUACGCAGUAAAACGAGUUCCAUUCAACGCCACUGGCUUUUCCAGUGAUUCAGUACAGCAGGUUGUCCGAGAGGUACAUUGUCUUGCUGUGUGCGAUCACCCUAAUGUGGUCCGAUAUUAUACAAGCUGGCUGGAGCCGAGAAAAAAAGCCGCGGGGCCAAGCUACCAAUACCAAAUAUGUUUGUAUAUUCAAAUGCAAUUGUGCCACCCUGCAACACUGGCCGACUGGAUUCGUGAGCGCAAUCGAAAGCUUCACGACGAACAUGCUGGAAACCGUCUUGUUUUUGCCGCCGAUAUUUUUUCUCAGCUUUGCGACGGUUUGGCGCAUGUGCAUUCGAAAGGGAUUGUUCAUCGCGAUUUAAAGCCUGCAAACGUUUUUGCCAGCCAAGACGAAAAGGUGCAGUUCAAGAUUGGGGAUUUUGGACUUAGCAAGAUGAUUGAGUCAACUUGUGGGAACGACACAUGGCGCGACCCGUUAACAGCGGGAGUUGGCACAGCAUCGUAUGCUGCCCCUGAGCAAGUUUCCUCUGGGUCUUAUGGGAAGGAAGCAGAUAUUUUCAGUCUAGGAUUGAUUUGA